AUGUCACCACCCUCACCUGGCUUCUCCGAAAUCCAGAAGCCUCUUCACUUCCCAGGUAGAGAUUCCUUAGAGCUUGCCUCUCUAGCCGACUCCGAGCACGAUGAGCUACCUACGUCCGAGGAGUCCUCGCGAUCCGGCAUCUCCUCCUCUCGACGGCUGUCCCUCGAAAAUGAGGAUCCCUUGGACAGUGCAAAUCCAGCAUCGGCACGCAGCAACUUACAUGGACGAUCCUACUCCGUCUCAUCCGCCUUUGACUUCACCCCUGCGCUGUUCCCACUUUCUUCAACUGCAGGAGGAGGAUACACCGCGCUAGGCAACCCGUCGGCCGUCUCGCUGUCUCUCGAAAGACGUGGCGCAUUGCAAAAUCUCGAAAAGAACAAAACCUUGACAUAUCUGAACGGGCUCUCGCUGGUGGUCGGGUUGAUAAUAGGUUCUGGGAUCUUUUCUUCGCCGGCGCAAGUGAACUCACACGUAGGAUCCCCGGGCGCAGCGCUGCUGGUGUGGACAAUUUCUGGCCUCCUGGCGUGGACCGGCGCGGCCUCGUAUGCUGAACUCGGAGGUGCCAUACCACUCAAUGGAGGUGCGCAGGUCUAUUUGUCCAAGAUCUUUGGCGAAGUGGUGGGCUUCUUGUUCACAUGGUCGGCCAUUCUUGUCCUCAAACCCGGGGGCGCAGCCAUUAUCGCGAUCAUAUUCGGCGAAUACGUUGUCCGUGCGGCCAUCGGUGCAGAGGUCGAAGAUGUCAAUCCAUGGAUCAACAAAAUACCUGCCUUGGCCGCACUGAUGCUCGUCACCCUUUUCAACUGUGUCUCGACACGCUUCGCUGCCCGGUUGGGGGAUCUGUUCAUGUUCUUCAAAUUCGUUGCGCUCGUGGCAGUGACCAUCAUCGGCAUCGUCGUAGCGGUGACGGGCCUCUCCUUCAAUGGCCCUGCCAAUAAAGAUUGGCGCGACCACAACUGGUUCGAAAACACGUCGACUGAUAUUUCCAGCUGGGCCGUUGCGCUCUACGCAGGCCUCUGGGCAUUUGACGGAUGGGAUAACACCAACUACGUCACCGGCGAGUUCAAGAACCCAGCACGCGAUCUACCAAGAGUGCUCCAUACCGCCAUGCCUGCCGUUAUAGUAUGCUAUCUUCUUGCCAAUGUCGCAUACAUUUUCGUCUUGCCUCUAGAGACCAUCAAUAAGUCCAACACCGUUGCCGUUCAGUUUGGGAGCAAAGUCUUUGGCCCCAUUGGAGGGCUCAUCCUGGCGUUGAUUGUGAGUGCUUCAUGUUUUGGUGCACUUAAUGCCACCACUUUCACCUCUGGCCGCUUGGUCUACGUUGCUGGGCGAGAGGGCUACCUGCCCUCGAUGUUCGGGAAGAUUGGGUUUGGGACCUCUUCCGGUCCGGAGACACCAGUAUCCCUGACCAAAACCCGCAAAAGGUCGUGGCUCUCGAAAACCCUCGCUCGCAUCUUCGGAGAUGAAUCCAUCGGCUUGGGAUAUACGCCUGUUAACGCAAUGCUGUUGAACAUGCUCCUCUGCAUGAUUUACAUUAUCCUCGGCGAGUUUAAGACACUACUCACAUUCUACGGCGUCGCUGGAUACACUUUCUACUUUCUGACAGUCCUGGGCCUCAUCGUUUUGCGAAUUCGCGAACCGAGACUGGAAAGACCCUAUCGCACAUUCAUCACCACACCCAUCAUCUUCUGCUGCGUGUCUUUGUUCCUCGUCAGUCGGGCUGUGGUGGCACAGCCAGUCCAGACUGUAAUUGUCAUUGCAUUUGUGGUCAGUGGUUUGCCGGUGUAUUAUUGGCGGGUUGCAAGGAGAGAAGAGUCUGGGAGGCAAGGACACAGGGGCAUGGGUAAAAGGGAGGGACGAUUUUGGCGGAGAUGGGGCCGGUCGUGA